CUCUCAUCCGCAUAUAGUCGCUGCUCUUCUGCCACGGGAACCACUCUCCUCCCCUACCUCUGCCUAUAUGAGGCUCUUCAGACGCCUACUUUUUGUCCGUUAUUUUCCUCAGGGCCAGAUAGUGCGUAAUAUUUUCGGAGCGCUUGCCGAACUUGCCAAUUCUUUUGAGGAAAUGGAAGCUCGAGACACUGUGUUUCACAUUGUUAACGAACAUCUGGGGUUUCCUGCACUUCGUUUGUGGGCCGAUGCCACAGCUAUUCAAGCGACAUCUGUGGAACAGCGGAUCUACAACUCGCAAGCAUUAGCUUCUUGGUUGUCAGAUUUCUAUGUACCUCUCUCUUCAGCCCUCUCUUUCAAAGUAUCUAAUUCCCUGCUACUUCCAGAUGUACUUUCAGGAAUCAGCAAUCACUUGGCCAGUCCUAGACAAGAUGUUCGGCUUAUCGGGAUGGCAGUUGGAGAGUGGAUUGUCGGUUUCGUUGAUUUGGCCUGUGACUCCGCCAGUCGCGAUACACUGAAGUUCACUUACGAGGAGACGGAUGUUGUUCAGCAACUUAGACCGUUUUUUUCACCAAUUGCUCCCUUUACUCCUCUAAAAUUACAGGAUCCUCAAGUGACAUCGGAAGUAGAAUGCGACCGCCAGACGGUGACUACUUCUGCCGCGACUCAGGAUCAUCCGGAUGUUUUAGACAGCGAUGAUGAUCCGGAACCCAGUAAUCCCCCUAAGGCGACUCUGCCUCCGUUGCCACAACGUCCCGGACAGAGAAAGCAGCUCUCUUCAUUCACCAAUACAUCUGAGCGGCGACCCCGUUAUUUGCGUGAGUGUCUGGACGGGAUGUUGCUUACAAAACCCGAAGACAAUCAAAUCAGUGUCGCUUGUUUUGAAGCUGCUGCUGAUCUGAUUUACGCUCAUCCCCAGGGGGCCCGAGAACUAGCAACAGAGUUGGCUCAUGUGUUCGUUCAUUUAGAACCACCUGCUUGCCCGGAUGAGGGACAACUAGCUACCAAACGUCACGCUGCUUUGGUGGCCUUGGGUGUCGUCGCUCCUAAACAAUGUGCUCGAUAUCUGACCAACGAAUUCUGCCAGCCAAACUGUUCUCUGGGUCAACGGCAAAAUAUUAUCGCAGCCAUUACAGACAUCGCAUGCACCUUGUCCACAACAGAGAUUUCAGCCUCUCCAAAAGUACACGAUCCACCGCCCCAGGGGGUUUCUGUUAAGACCGACCCCAAAACUCGUCGGUUUUGUAGCAAGCCCGCGGCUCCAACACAGACUGUGAACAGUUUCAUUACAGUGGCUGGCGAGUUUUUCUUUCCUCUUCUGCGAAGCAUUCCUCAGCUCUUCUGUUCUUCUCAAGCUGAUGGUGUGUUUGCUCAUCAAGAUGCUAGUCUGUUGAGUAAUUUGAUAGCUUCCUUAGCUACUGUAUAUGCGUGUGCUCAGUUCGCUCCUGUUCAGCUUCGGAUGGCCACCGAACUCAUGGAAAUUUUGCCCUCACUGUAUAAACAUUCUGAACCUGCUGUUCGACGGGCUGUGCUAAUAGCAGUCGGUACCGUCAUCACAACGACCCCAUCCUCUAUACUCUCAUCCAACCCACAGAUGUUUAUUGGCGCGCCCCAUAUAGAGGAGACUAGCCUGUCACUUUACGGGCGGUCUCAGGCCUCUCCUCCCUCUUUAGUUUCUUGGUUGAAACGCUGCGCAACACUAGAGACUGAUUCGGAAUGCCAGCUACUUGCUUCGGUUGGGCUGUCUUCCUUGGUUGAACGGGCCCAAAGCUUAGCUGAUCUGCGAUAA